AUGCAUAUAUUUAACUAUUUAGGGUUGCAGACACGCUGCUACCAAUGUUUCGGCUCCAAGGAUCGGUUUUGCAAUGGCCGAACAUGCAAGCAUGGUGUUUUUGGUUGCAUUAAAUCCGUGAUGUACACAGGAGGAUUAGAUCCAUCGGGCCUUCAACGAUCGAAUUCAGACAACGAGGCCCUCGCAUACAAGGGUUGCGUGAUUCUACCGUUCCACUUGACAUGCAUUUGCAACACGGACUACUGCAACAGUGCUGUAAAACCGAACACAGCAGCAAUUUGGAUCAAAUUCGUUGUUAUAUUUCUGUUGCAAUGGAUGUUUUAA